AAACGUUCGUAUCUGGCAACGCUGCGUUUAGAUUUAUAUACGCUAUUUUAUGAGUCCUUAUAAAAUUUUGUUAGUUGCAUAAUAAAAAAUGGGUUCUUCUAAAAAACAUAAGGAUAGAGACAGGAAAAAACAUAGAAGACGUUCUAGAUCUCGAUCUAGAGAAAGAGAACGACGACACAAAAGAAGUAGACAUUAUUACGACGAGGAAGAUGUUGCAGAGAAGAAAGAAGAAAUAAAAAUUAAGCAGGAACCAACUAAUGACGAAGAUGAAGAAAAUAUUGCAGAGGGUGGAGCAAAAUUAUCAUUAGGCAUAAGUGAUACAAACAAACUACGAGCAAAAUUAGGAUUGAAACCUCUAGAAAUAAAUGAAGAAAUUCAAAUACCAGGACUUGGAGAUGAAAGUUCUAAUGCCAGUGCUCCAGAAAGUGGAAAACAAGAAAUAUUUGUUAAAACAGAAAAUUUAUCCAAGAAAGAAGAAGCUGAAAAGUUGAAAGACAGAUUAACAACUUUGAAGGAGAAAAGAGUGAUUACAACAAAACUAAGUAAAGUUAAAGGACUUGCUGAAAGUGACUCAGAAGAAGACUCUGCAGCUAACUGGGUAACAAAAAGUCGUAAAUUACAAGAAGAGAAAGAAUUGGCUGACAAAAGAGUAUGUUAUGAAAUUUCAUUAAACUUAAAAGUUUAUCAUAUAUUUUUAUAAAAUCAUAUAUUAUAAAGAUUCUGAAUCAUAUUUUGUUAGACUAAUUAGUAUAUUCAUUACUUGCCAAAAGGUAGGAAAAAUUGCCAUAUAAUAUAAUAUAAGCAAUUAAAUAUCAGUACAGGAAAUUGAUACUGAUAUUUAAGGUAGGAAGUAAUCUUACAAAUAAGUGCCUUCCA